AUGAAGGGGAUUGAGAGCAGCCCUGCUGAGAAGGACUUGGGGGUUCUGGAGGACGAAAAGCUGGCCAUGAGCUGGCAACGUGCACUCACAGUCCAGAAGGCCAACUCAGGAUUUCUUGGCAAUAUACUUGCACUACGACAUUAUGUGUACUGCAUGAAGACAUGGACUACCAAUACUAUAUUUCUAUUUAAUUUGGCACUGUGUGACUUUACUUGGACUCUCGUGGCACCUUUUUCAGUAUAUUAUAAUCUCCGGAAGUUAGCUGUCUAUUCCAGCCAAGCAUUUUAUCAAAUCAUAGGACUAUUUUUUAGUAUUAAUAUCUAUGGAAGUGUCUAUUUCCUGACACUCAUCAGUUUUGACAGAUAUGUAGGUGCUGUCCAUCCUAUUGCUUCAUUAACAUGGUGGGACAAAGGAAAGGCCGUGUUUUGUACCAUCGCAGUAUGGAUCUUCAUAGUGAUUGCAUCGACACCAGAGAUCUACUACACAGUUGCAGCUAGAAGACAACAUGACAUCAUAGAUUCCCUGGACAGCACUGAAGGACCUUUACAAUUGGCAGUGCCAUUCACACUCUCCAAGAUCCAAACACAUGAAGUGGAGGUUGACAGAAAACAGCUACCCACAACUAACCCCAGUGCUGAACUGGAACUGAAAAGAGAUUUAGAUUUGACCAUGAGCUUUGCCAGAGAUUUUCUACGGGACUAA